AUGGACAGAACACAACACCGGCCCCGGUGUCAUGGACAGAACACAACACCGGCCCCGGUGUCAUGGACAGAACACAACACCGGCCCCGGUGUCAUGGACAGAACUCAACACUGGCCCCGGUCUAAUGGACAGAACACUACCGGCCCUGGUGUAAUGGACAGAACACAACGCCGGCGCUGGCCCUGGUGUAAUGGACAGAACGCAACACCUACCCCGGUGUCAUGGACAGAACUCAACAUUGGCCCCGGUGUCAUGGACAGAACGCAACACCGGCCCUGGUGUCAUGGCCAGAACCCAACACCGGCCCCGGUGUCAUGGACAGAACGCUAA